AUGGAAACUGUCUCCAUAGGAAACCAAACUAUUACUGAAUUUGUCCUUCUUGGUUUCUACGACAUAGCCAACUUACAUCUCCUCUUCUUUACUGUGUUCACUCUUGUCUACACCUCCAUUAUCAUAGGGAACAUGCUGAUCAUUGUGGCAGUGGUUAGGUCCCAGAAGCUCCACACACCCAUGUAUUUCUUCCUGGCUAAUCUGUCCUUCCUAGAGAUCCUCUAUACAUCCACAGUGGUGCCAAAAAUGCUGGAGGGCUUCUUGCAGGAGGCCGCCAUCUCUGUGGCUGCUUGCUUGCUCCAGUUCUUUAUUUUUGGUUCUCUAGCCACAGCUGAAUGCUUCCUGCUGGCUGUCAUGGCAUAUGAUCGCUACCUGGCAAUCUGCUACCCUCUCCGCUACCCGCUCCUGAUGGGGCCCAGAUGGUGCCUGGGGUUGGUGCUCAUAGCCUGGCUCUCUGGCUUCAUGGUAGAUGGAUUGGUUGUGGCCCUAAUGGCCCAGCUGAGGUUCUGUGGCCCCAACCACAUUGACCACUUUUACUGUGACUUUAUGUCUUUGAUGAGCCUGGCCUGCUCAGAUCCCAGCAUAGCCCGUAUGACAACAUUCAUUCUCUCUGUGGUCUGCCUCACUGUUCCCUUUGGACUGAUUCUGACAUCUUAUGCCUGGAUUGUGGUGGCCGUGCUGAGAGUUCCCUCUGGGGCCAGAAGGUGGAAGGCCUUCUCCACGUGCUCCUCCCACCUAGCUGUAGUGUCCACGUUCUAUGGCACUCUCAUGGUCUUGUACAUUGCACCCUCCGCUGUCCACUCCCAGCUCCUCUCCAAGGUCUUUGCCCUGCUCUACACUGUGGUCACCCCGCUCUUCAAUCCUGUGAUUUACACUCUGAGGAAUAGGGAAGUUCAUCAGGCACUCCGGAGGCUUAAGCAAACUGAAACAAUUGAAGAAGGAUGGUGGUAA